GAUCCGGCCGCCAGCAUGAUGUCCUAUCUGAAACAACCGCCGUACACGGUGAACGGACUGAGCUUAUCUGCCUCAGGAGUGGACCUGCUACAUCCUUCAGUGGGAUACCAGGGUACCCCUCGCAAACAAAGAAGAGAAAGGACGACGUUCACGCGAGCUCAGCUCGACGUCCUGGAGAACCUGUUCGCAAAGACCCGGUAUCCUGACAUCUUUAUGAGGGAGGAGGUGGCCUUAAAGAUCAACCUACCUGAAUCCCGCGUGCAAGUUUGGUUCAAGAACCGACGGGCUAAACACCGCCAGCAGGCCCAGCAAACCCAAAGCGGAGUGCAGAACAAAGUGGUCACUAAACCGGUGAAGAAGAAAUGCUCUCCUGUCCGGGAAGUUAGCUCAGAGAGCGGGGCCAGCGGCCAGUUCACACCGCCCUCCAGCACCUCUCUCCCGGCUGUUAGCAGCAGCAGCGCGGCGCCGGUGUCCAUCUGGAGCCCGGCCUCCAUCUCCCCUCUGUCGGACCCGCUGUCCACGUCUUCCUCCUCGUGCAUGCAGCGCUCCUACCCCAUGACCUACACCCAAGCGUCCGGCUACAACCAGGGCUACACGGGCUCCUCGUCCUACUUCACCGGCAUGGACUGCGGCUCCUACCUCUCUCCCAUGCAUCACCAGCUCUCCGCUGCGGGCUCUGCCAUGAGCCCCAUGGGCGGCAGCGGGGUGUCCAGUCACCUGAGCCCGGCAUCCUCGCUCUCCUCGUCGGCGUACGGAGCGACAGGGCUGGGCUUUGCUGGAGCCGCAGACUGCCUGGACUAUAAAGACCAAACAUCAUCGUGGAAGCUCAAUUUCAACGCGGACUGUUUGGAUUACAAAGAUCAGUCAGCGUGGAAGUUUCAAGUGUUGUGAGAGGACAGAAAUAAAGGGACAAUUUAUACAAAAAUGCAGACUUUUACGGGCGAAUUCAAACCCCAAAGUUGGGGCUCUCAACUAAAAGCCCCCAACUUCUACCUCCAGGACUGCAGGUCUCACUUGUUGGGUUAAUUUAUUGAACAUUCAGACUGAUUUCUCCCCAACUUUGAUCAAGGACACGGAACAAAUGUGCUGACCAAAAGGAAAAAGGAUCAAAAGAGUCUCAAGUUGGGUUGAGUUUGAGGAGUAGGUCAGGUUUUCUUUUCUAAGCUCCUUAAAGACUCCCCUCUCUCUUGUCUUUUUUUAUUUUGUUGGCACGCUGAAGGGCCCCUUUGAUCAAAGCAUGAGUGUGUGUUGUAGAGAGUGUGUGUAUGAAAGCAGCUCUGAUAUGAACCUGGAUGCACUAUUAAUUUAUGACAAAUAUGUUUAGUAACAAGAGACAAUCAGUCUGUUCGUCUGUCUGCUCAUAAAUGUCCUUAAUGUGUUUUGAAUUAUUCCCCCACGUGUUAGAUUCUUUUUCUUAUUAAUUUGUGAUUAUUUGUAUGCAAGUUUGCCACACACCCAGCUGUGAAUUUGAUAGAUUUAUUUCCAUGUCUGAGUGUUAAAUGAUAAAUUAUUAAAUGGACAUAUUAGUUGGAUUAAAUAGGGAGUGCAGGGUGAAUAAAGUCAGCAGCAGAUAAGGUUCAUGUGAGCUGUAAUGUGCUGUGAGAAGGCCACAAACACACUAAAUGACAAUAAAGAUCACUUGACCUGACCCAACACUGACUCUAGUGUAAAUCCAUCAAUACUUUCUGUUUCUUUCACUUUUUAUGUCAUCAUUUAAGUUUCAAAUUAAGUGCCAGACUUCAUCCACUGCAGCAUCACAAAAUCUCAUGAUCAUUGUAUGUGUCUCCACUACUGAGCCACAGGAGGACUUUCUGUCCAAGCUUUGAGGAAUGUGAGUUAUGUUUGAGCUAUGUUAAUCCGGGCUCGUAAAGAGGAUAAUCCAACAUUUU